GCACCGGCAAAGCAAUAAAUUGUAUCUUCAGCAACAAGAUUUAGUCACUUGCUAUGCAUCUUUUAUACAUACCCAACAUCUUAAUUUCUACUCUACUUCAAUGGCUUCUCUUCGUCCAUUUUCGCCCGUCUUUCUUCUUACGAUCACUUGUGUAUUACUCUGCUGCUUCGUAUCUCCUUCGAGCAGUGAUGACACUGUAACUAUGUCUGUGUACUAUGAAACUCUAUGUCCGUAUUGUGCAGAUUUUAUAGUGAAUCGUCUGGUAAAGCUGUUUGAUACCGGACUUAUCUCCAUUGUCAAGCUUCGAAUGAUUCCAUGGGGCAAUGCUCUUAUUCAGUCUGAUGGAUCCUUCGUUUGUCAGCAUGGACCAAAUGAAUGCUUCCUGAAUGCCAUUGAAGCUUGUGCUAUAACCAUCUACCCUGAUGUAGAGAGGCAUUUUAGAUUUAUACAGUGCAUGGAACGACUAGCCAUAGAGAACCAACUCAACCAGUGGGUUAAUUGCUAUCAAAUUGCUGGUUUGGCUAAGGAACCGGCCAUUGAUUGCUACACCAAUGGACAUGGGAAUAUGAUUGAACAACAAUUUGGUGGUGAAACAACAGGACUUAGUCCGCCACACAGAUUCGUGCCAUGGAUAGUUGUAAAUAAUCAACCACUUCAAGAGGACUUUGAGAAUUUUGUGAGCUAUGUGUGCAAGGCUUAUACAGGGACUCAACUACCAGAGGCAUGUCAAUCACUACCUGCUGCCACCAAUUCGUUGCUCACCGAAAAUCCCAUCAGUUCAGUUUGCUUUUCGGACAAAACACCAAACUUCACAAUUUCAUCAUCAACAAUUAAAUCCUUUACAUCAACCCAUCAUUGAUGAUGCACUCAAAAGAAUUCAGGUGGAAUCAUUCACUAAAAUGGUACUUUAGUAAUUAGUUAGUCCAGAUUCGUUCAUAUGGAACUUGUUACCGAUGUGCUAUUUGUGGCAUAAAACUCGUGCUGAUAUUAAAUUAGAAUUUUGGAUAAUUGUGAUUUAGGAUCAUUUGGUGAAAUUCUUACU